CAAGCGUCAUCCUCGGCCUCAGGUAAUGGCUGCCGCCGAGGAGGCUGACCGGCGAUAUCGAUUCUUGAGUUUUCCGGGCACCAAGCCGGCGUUCCUCCUAAUCCUCUCCUCGCCUCUUCUUCUUGUGCCUCUUCUCUGAUUUUUCUCGCCAAGCUCGCGCGUUGACGAGUUCAUCAUCAGGCCACGCUUCUUCCUCGCGCUUUGCUGUUUAGAGUGCCGUGGAUUCAGCGCUUCUUCUCUUUUUUUUUCUCGGUGCUCGUUCUAUGAUGUGCUGUGACAUGAGGCCGCGUUUCGGGCUGGGGCGUGACAUCUGGAGGAACUGGCCUGCCAUGUGUUUACGGCAGCAGCAUUCCACGUCGUCUUCCGGCUCUGUCAGGAAGGUCCACAUCACCACCGCGUCUCUGCCGCCUACGCGCGGUGCCGAGAGGAACAGGAGCAAGGUCAUUGUGAUAUCAGGUCCUACCGGUGCCGGGAAGAGCCGGCUCGCGCUGGAGGUAGCCAGGAGGCUCGGGGGAGAGAUCAUCAGCGCCGACUCGGUGCAAGUGUACCGGAGCCUCGACAUCGGUUCUGCCAAACCGUCUGCUUUGGAGAUGAACAUGGUGCCACAUCACUUGAUUGAUAUCAUGCACGCAUCAGAGGAUUACUCAGCUGGGAUGUUCUUCAAUGAUGCGCGGAGAGCAACGCAAGAUGUUCUUGACAGAGGCUGUGUGCCCGUCGUUGCUGGGGGAACUGGGCUGUACUUACGGUGGUUUAUCUAUGGCAAGCCAAAUGUUCCACAAUCUUCCAUGGGCAUCACAUCGAGUGUGUGGUCUGAGCUUGCCGAGUUCCGUGAGAGCGGGAGGUGGGAUGAAGCGGUACAGCUGGUGCUCAAGGCCGGGGAUCCCAAAGCUGGGGACUUGCAUACGAAUAACUGGUCCAGGUUAAGGAGAAGGCUUGAGAUCAUCAGGUCAUCAGGUUCCCCUCCGUCUGCCUUUACCUUACCAUACAGCUCAUUCCAGGAGCAGCAGGACACCAAGCUAACUGAUUCCACAACUGAUGAUGGAACCUGUGAGGUGAAGGAAUUGGAUUAUGUUUUCCUAUGUAUUUUCCUUGCGUGCCCACGCGUUGAACUCUACAGAUCAAUUGAUUUGAGGUGUGAGGAAAUGCUGGCUGACACAGGAGGACUACUUUCAGAAGCUUCAUGGCUUCUUGAUAUCGGUCUGCAUCCAAAUAUGAACUCCGCAAGUCGUGCAAUUGGUUACAGGCAAGCCAUGGAGUACUUGUUGCAUUGCAGACAGAAUGGAGGCAGUAGCUCCCCACAAGAGUUCUUUGAGUUCCUGACCAAGUUUCAGCAAACGUCUAGGAACUUCUCAAAGAGGCAGAUGACCUGGUUCCGCAACGAGAAGAUUUACCAGUGGGUUGAUGCUUCACAGCCUUUUGAGGCAAUUGUUCAGUUUAUCUGUGAUGCUUACCAUGGCUGCGAUGCAAUGGUGGUUCCUGAAUCACUUGAAAUGAAAAGGGAAAGUUGCAUGCACAAAACCAGUGAUCUCAAAACCUAUCGUUCCGAGAACAAGGUUUUCCUUGGAGAUGAAGAUUGUGGUCAUGUUUUGGAUUGGAUUAGAAGGACUCAGGCGAAGUGAGGUCUAAUUCUACUCCUUUGUCAUACUUUUGUUUUGUUUCCACUAGCAAGUUGUCCGGCCAUAGGAUUUUUGACUUUUUGAGAGGUUACCACAGGAAUUUCAGUUUAUAUUUUUUAUUCUAUUUCAUCAUAGAUUCAUACAGAAGUUUUUUCUUCCCGAGUGUUUGGAAUGGAAUGAUAAAUGGAUAUUCCAGUGGUGAUUCUCUGGA